AUGGCUGGUAAGGCGGGAAAGAAGCAGGCUGGUUCAAAUACAAAGAUAAUUCAGGGACUGUACAAGCAAGUCUUCUUGUUCUUAGGAAUGGCCUUCGUCCGUCUCUUAAUAUCGCGUAAGGCUACGUUUGGACAAUGGAUUAAAUUGUUGAUUUUGAAUGUCCCUAUGUUCACUGCCGUUUAUAUUAUCGUAAUAUUCGGUAAGCCUAAGUAUGAUGGUAACCGCGUGGUAAAGCAAGGUAUAGACUUGAACGACGAUUCAAAUUUGAUAUCAUAUUUUUUUGAUCUGAUUUAUCUAUCACUUUUUGGAAAUAUUGGCGUUAUAACUUUCAGAACAUUUAAAUUUUGGUGGUGUUUAUUGUUGUGUCCCAUCUACGCAGGUUACAAACUAUACGGGCUUAAGAAUAUGAUCAUGCCUGGUGUUCAACAACAAACUCAAACAGAUGAGCAGUCAAAAAAUGCUAGUGGAGGACAAUCCAAAUCUAAGAGACAGCUGAAGAGAGAAAAAAGAGGUGACGGUGACUCUAAAACCAAAUACAAAUAUCGUUAA